UCUUAGCAAUGCAUAUUCUUCAAAGCAGAUAACCUGGGAUCAGAUCUUAGGAUAUAAGGACAGUGUAGAAGGGACCUUAAAUGCAAUCUGUUUAAAGACUUCCAGAAAAAGAUAAUCUUUCCCCCACCAGCAAUUUGUGUCAAACAACUCUUAGGAAAUAUAGGUUCUUUGAACUGUUUAGGUGGAAUUACCCUUCUUGUAAUUUGACUCAAAUGGUUUGGGAUCUAAUCUCUGGAGGAGCAGAAAACAAGCUUGCUCCAUUUUCUAUCUAUAUGAUGUCUUUUAGGAUCUUUAAAAAUGGCAACCAUAUCACCUCUCAGGUCCCUUCCACACAGCUGUAUAAAAUCCACACUGAACUGGACAGAGCCGGCCCUAGGUAUUUUUCAAGUGUAGGCAAACAGAAUUUUGGCGCCCCCCCUCCCCCAAACCAAUCACUAAAAAAUAAAAGCUUUGGAUAAGCAAAAAUGUUUGAUAAUAAGGAGGGAUUAAGGAAAAGCCUAUUAAACAUCAAAUUACAUUAAGAUUUUACAAAUUAAGCACUAAAACACCAUGUUUUACAACAAAUCAACAGAAAAAGCAGUUCAAUACCUUGCAGAGGCAGGCCGCAGGAGACAGGAGUUGCCUCGAUGGCGCCCCCAACAAGAUGGCCUCUGGAACUGGAUUAUAUGGCAUCCAAAUAUUGUGGAUCAUCUGCCUUGAUAUUCUGGGUUAUAUGGCUGUGUGGAAGGGCUCUUAAGACAUUUCUUCUCCAAGUUCCCUAAAAUUGUUCCUCAUAAGGUUUGGUUUCCAGAUCUUUUAUCACCUUGUCUGCACUUCACUGGACACAUUUUAGCUUGUCACUAUUCUUCCUGAACUGCAGUGUCCAGCAGUGGCCACAAUAUUUCAAGCGAGGUCUGUUGCAAAGCAAAAUAGGGUGGUCACUACCACUGACCGUAAUCAGGACACUCUGCUAGUGAUGCCGCCUAGAAGCACAUUGUCUUUUUUAACCACAACAUCACACAGUUGACUCAUUUUUAGCUCCCUAGAUCCUUUUCAAAUGUUCUGCUUUCUAACCAGGAUUCACCCACCCUAUAUCUGCACAUUUCAUUUUUCCUGCAUAGACCUUAGAUUUAUCUCUGUUGAUAUUAAUUUUCUUUGUUUUGGCCCACCUCUCUAUCUGUUAAGAUCAUUUUGAAUUCUGAUCCUGUUUUCUAAGGGUCCUUCCACACACACAUGUAACUCAGAAUAUCAAAACAGAUAAUCCACAAUAUCUGCUUUGAACUGGAUUAUCCGAGUCCACACUGCCAUAUAAUCCAGCUCAAUGUGGAUUUUAUACAGUUGUGUGGAAGGGGCCUUAAUUGCAGGAAUGAUCUCAUUUUAGGAAAUACUGCACCAUACUUUUGAACCCUCUGUCCUCCCGUUCAUUCCUGCACAGACCUGCCCACUUUUGUGGUUAUGCAUUUACUCCAAGCUUAGUCACUGAGGAGUGGGCAAUUUUAUACCCAGUAACUCAAAGGAUUUUGGGGAGUUUUUAUUCUUGCAGAGGUUACUUUAGGACAUCAAACACCAGCAAGAUCAGGCAGAAACUGGUUUUCUUCCUUUCUUUCCAGACCCACAGCAGGGGGGGAGGGGAAGAAAGAUGAGUGAUGGCCGGGGAGAGGUUUUGGCUGAGGCACUUAUGCAAGCCAGCUGCUACAGCUCAGCAAGAGCUUAUUAAUCAGGUCAAAGCCAGUUAUUUAGCGCUGAGUCAGCAAAAAUGGAGGAGUAUAUGUGCAUAUAACAGAACGGCUGAGAAGAGAAAAUCCACAUCCCCCCAGACCUCAGAAAUGAGGAACUGCUUCUGUCUAAAUCUCAAAGACUGUAGAGAUAGAAAAUGAUAAAACAGCCUAGAUCAGUAAACAGCUGGGAGAAUUUGAAGAACGUGAUAAAAGAAAGCUCACUGGACUUACUGCUGACCUGGGUGAACUGUGCUAGUGUACGUUGGGCCACACGUGUCCAGGAUGUCUUCACAGCAGGAAAACUGCUGGCGCUGGGGCUCAUCAUUGUCAUGGGAGUCGUGCAGAUCUGUAAAGGUGAAUACUUCUGGCUGGAGCCAAAACAUGCCUUUGAGUUCUUCCAGACGCCAGAUGUGGGACUGGUGGCACUCGCCUUUUUACAGGGCUCUUUUGCCUACGGGGGCUGGAACUUCCUCAACUAUGUCACAGAAGAGCUUGUUGACCCUUAUAAGAACUUGCCUCGUGCCAUCUUCAUCUCCAUUCCCCUGGUCACCUUUGUCUACGUCUUCGCCAAUGUGGCUUAUGUCACUGCCAUGUCACCCCAAGAGUUGCUGGCCUCUAAUGCUGUUGCAGUGACCUUUGGGGAGAAAUUAUUAGGUGUCAUGGCUUGGAUCAUGCCCAUCUCUGUUGCCCUUUCCACCUUUGGAGGAGUUAAUGGAUCACUCUUCACAUCCUCUAGGCUCUUUUUUGCUGGAGCACGGGAAGGCCACCUCCCCAGCGUACUGGCUAUGAUUCAUGUGCGACGCUGCACUCCCAUCCCUGCCUUACUCUUCACUUGUCUUUCAACAUUGCUGAUGCUGGUUACAAGUGACAUAUAUACUCUGAUCAAUUAUGUGGGCUUCAUCAACUACCUCUUCUAUGGGGUGACUGUGGCUGGCCAAGUUGUGCUACGCUGGCGGGAACCUCACCGACCUCGUCCCAUCAAGGUGAGCCUAUUCUUCCCCAUAAUUUACCUGCUCUUCUGGGCCUUCCUGUUGGUGUUCAGCUUAUGGUCAGAACCCGUGGUUUGUGGAAUUGGUCUGGCCAUCAUGCUGACAGGAGUUCCUGUCUAUUUCCUGGGGGUUCACUGGGAGCACAAACCACCUGCCAUCCACACAUUUAUUGAUGUAGUCACUCGGGCAGGACAGAAGCUUUGUCUUGUUGUGUACCCAGAGAUGGGUACAGAGCAACCAGAAAACAGCCUCAGUAAAGAGACCAAAGAGCAACUUGAGCCAAUGUGUGGAACGGAACCCCUCAGCACUGAGCCACUUUACUCCCAGGGAGGGGAGGAGCAGCAGCCAGCCACGGACUGCACAGUACCUCCUCUGUUGGGUUUGAAAUGAAUUGGAGCACCUUGCUCCCACUUUGCUCUUUGCAGCACCACAUCCUGGGACUGGAAUGGCUGUGAAUGCCUCACUGUCACCCCUUUCCUUCCAAUGGCAAAGCCUUGCUGGGUCUGGUGAACCUACACCCGCCAUUCCCCACCUUCAGUGCCCUUUGCUGGAGCUGGAAAAAAAAACCGGGAGCUUUCUUCACAGCCCGCAGUCCCACAGUCAGGUCCCCCCACACCCUGCUGGAAGGGGCUCCCUUGUUGUUGCCUUAUAUUGCUGGGAAUAUUUUCAUUCAUUUUGAACCUCAUUGAGAGGGAAAGUCAGUCUCUCUCAGUUUUUGUGUCCUUGUAUUUUUCACUUCUCUCUUUUUCUCUUUUUUUGAUGUAAUAAAUUAAACUCAACUUGC